AAUAAUAAAUGAUAUGGCCAAAAAACACUCCCUAGUUCUCCAAUUCAACCACAUUUCCAGUUCCUGAAACUCAAACUCCAACAACAUAUUCAAAUUCAACUUCCAAAAAUAGUAAGAAAACUCCUCCUUCUGAAAUCUUCUACCAUAUGGGGUGUCCUCAAGUUUUCAUCUUUCUCUAUGUAAGAUAAACUUAGAAAAAAUACACAGCAUGUUUUUCAAGAUUCAAUAGCUUAAGCCUGUUACUAAGAAUUUGACUAAUUCGAUUCGAGAAACUGUAGCUGCCUCUGCCAGCACAAGCUUUGUGAAAUCCAUGGCUCCAUCAAUUCUCUUCCUUCUUAUAUCACUUCUCUUCAUUCAAAGCAGUGGUGAUCUCCAACAACACAAUGAAGAGGGUCACAUCUCUGUGAUGAUAUCUGAUAAGGGUCUUGACUUUGCCAAGGAUUUGCUGAUAGACAAAGCUAUUGCCUCCAUUGUUAUGUCUCAGCUUCCAGAGAUUGAGAAGUCAGUGCAAGUUCCACUUGUUGGAAAAGCAAAAGUGGUUCUUUCUGAGAUCACAAUCAAAGAUAUCCAAAUAAACUCUUCAACGGUUGAGACUGGAGAUUCAGGAAUUGUUGUGGUAGUUUCUGGUGCCACUGCAAACUUGAACAUGAAUUGGAGGUAUAGUUGUAGCAGUUGGUUAGUCCCAAUUGGAAUCUCUGAUAGUGGAACUGCCACUGUUAAGGUUAAAGAUCUGGAAGUGGGGCUUACAGUAAAUUUAAGGAACCAAGGAGGAACUCUCAAGUUAAUUCUAUUAGAUUAUGGAUGUAAUGUUGGAGAUAUCUCUAUAAAGUUGAAUGGUGGAGCAGCAUGGCUUUACCAAGUUUUAGUGGAUGCUUUUGAAGGAAACAUAGCUUCUUCAGUUGAAGAUGCCAUUUCAAAGAAAAUAAGAGAAGGGAUAUCAACACUUGACAACUUGUUGAAGUCUCUUCCACAUACAAUCUCAAUUGACCAAACUGCUGUUCUAAAUGUUUCUUUUGUGGACAAUCCUGUGCUGAGUAACUCUUCCAUUGAAGUUGAAAUCAAUGGUUUGUUCAUAGGGACAAACAAAGUUUUAGUACCUCGAAGUAGCCUCAACGGAUUGGAGACUUCAACUUCUUGUGGAGGAUCACCAAAGAUGAUCAAGAUUUCAAUACAUGAAGAUGUUUUCAACUCUGCUUCCUCUGUUUACUUCACAGCAGAUAGUAUGCAAUGGAUUCUUGAUGAGUUACCUGAUCAGAAUCUUUUGAACACUGCUGAAUGGAGAUUCAUAGUUCCUCAAUUGUUCAAGCAAUAUCCAAAUGAUGACAUGAAUCUCAAUAUCUCUGUAUCCUCUGCACCAGUAAUACAAGUAACUAACCAAGAUAUCAAAGCAACCAUUAACUUAGACAUAAUAAUUGAUGUUCUUGAAUCCGGUCAAGUGAUACCUGUUGCAUGCAUCUCAGUGGAUAUUAGUGCUUCUUUUGCUGCAGAAAUCAUAGGAAACAAUGUUACUGGUAAACUCAAAUUGAUAAAGUUUUCAACAAACUUAAAGUGGAGCAAAAUUGGAAAACUACACAUGCAACUGAUUCAGUCCCUGACAUCAAGUGUCCUCAAAACUGUCAUCAUACCAUACCUUAACUCACAACUUAAGAGGGGAAUUGAAUUGCCAAUUCUUGAUGGUUUCGCCGUCUGUAACGCGCGAAUCGCGUAUGCUCAGCCGUGGAUUGAAGUGUGCAGUGAUGUUUCCUUCUCAGGAGACUCAUAUCUGAUGCUGCUGCCAGCUUCAGUAUCUUAAAACUGAAUAAUGUUCUAAGAUAUUUGUCAAGUGUUGUAUUCUUGUGAUAUCAGAGAAUGAAAGAUUGAAUAAAAUUGAAGGCGGCUACUCACACGAAAAUGUCUUCAUGUAAAGAUGAUAACUAAGAUGUCGACAUAUAUUAUGUUAAGAAGUUUAGUCAAACAUGUUAAAUUAUGUAACGAUUUUUAGAUAUCAUCUUUACAGCAAGAUAUCUUCGUGUGAGUAAUGGCCAAAAUUAAAAUACAUGCAUAGAUUAGAGAUUUCUUU